AUGUCGCCUCUCUCUGUUCCUAAAAUUUUCAUGGCUGGCGGCGCCGUCGGCUUCGGCUACUACCUCUUCAUGCGCCAAUACUGGUUCCCCAACCCGUACAAGACACAGGGCGUCCAGAACAUUGAGGAUCGCUUCUCAGCUGGUGGAGGCCACCCUACGCACACACCUGCUGGAGGAACCCAGCGCGGUACGGGCUCUGCGUCCGCAAACGAAGGAAGGCACGACGGCCCGAGCAAGGGCCCAGACUCGGAGCACUUCAAGAAGAACAUCAGCGACCAGCAGAGUGAGCCUGUCUGGCCGAGCAAAUUCAACGAGAUACAAUACAACAACCCCAAGGGCAAAUAA